AUGGAACCUAUUACAUCUUCAAAAACUACAACAAAAAUAAACACUCAAAAACAUUAUCCACAACCAAGUAGUGGUAGGAAUUCGCCGAUAGUCGCAGAGGCUUCAAGUAGUAGUGGUAGCGGUGGUGGUCCUGAGGAACUAGAAGAAAAUGGUGUUAUUACUGAAUCGGAAGAUAUAUUACCUACUCCGCCAACAGGAGAAGAAUUUAUUGACGAGGAUCCUUUUCUUUUAGUGUCCUUAAGAGCUUCAAAGAGAUCGCCACCCAGACCAAAGCGUAUUUCAAUCUUAUAUACGUUUGCAUUAUUGGAUAUAAUCAUUAUAACGGUUUGUACGAUUAUGUUAGUUCAUAAGGACAAACAAGGUUAUUGGCAUUGGAAGAAAGCAGUCUGGGAUUGGGUUGCUCUCGGACUUAUUAGAUUUAUGAUUGUUAUAGGAAUAGCGUCUUCUCAGUGGAUUAGAGAAUUGCGCUGGGCUUUAGGAGGUACUUGUUGUUUUUCUUCAUUGUACAUAAUUUUCAAAACAAAUUUAUUAAUUCAGCAAAAAUCGGUUGAUAAAUAUCAUCUCAUUCUUUUAUUAUCAUCUUUUCUAUUUUGUCAAAUACAUUGGAUAGCAUAUGUUGUUGUUACAACAGAUAGUCGUCGUCAAGCGAUGCUACUACGAAAUCAUUCUAUCAUUUUUGAAGAGGAUAAUCCUAAUGCUGGAGAAAAUGAGGAUGUUAAUCAUGCGUUACUUAAUGAGGAAAGAGAUACUUCUUCGCGAUCGUAUGGCGCAACCUCAAAUCAUUGUGAUGAAAUCGAUGUUUUAGUUACCAACAAUCGCUAA